AUGACGGUCAUCCUCAAAACGCCUGCGCAAGCCUCAAUAUCUCAAAAGAAUGAGGAGGGCCGACGCGAUUUAACGCGUUUUAUGAAUCAACUGGGCAGUCUCCUCCCCUCAGUUUAUGCAAGCGACGUGGCAAAUGGUACCGAAUCAACCCUAGGGACACUCGAAGUCUUCCCACUGGAGGUCCUUCAUAUGAUACUUUCAGGGUUAGAUAUUCAGAGUCUAUCGAGUUUCCGCGCGGCAAAUCGAAGCGCCAGCACCGUUGUGAAAACCAUCUCGAAAUACACGUCUUUAUAUACUCUCGCCCCAAGUGUUUUCCAGGCUGUUGUCUCCUUUGGUGCUGGCUCUUGGAUCACCUGCGAAGAACUCCGUGCCACCUUAAGCAGCGACUCCUGCGCUACGUGCGGCGGCUUCGGCAGUUUUAUCUACCUCUACACUUGCAAGCGAGUCUGCCCCGAGUGCAUCACCCGUGAUCCAGAGUAUCCUACUGCCCUGGUUGGAUUUGUCAAAUAUCUCUGCGACCUCGACGAAAAGACUCUUGGCAAACUUCGAACUAUAACGAUCCCGGAAAAGAGAGCGUGCCCUGACGAAUUGCACCAGCCGCUGCAACUGAUAAAUCGAAACGACGCUCUCAGUGCCGGACUCAGCCUUCACGGCGCGUGCUCGCUGCUGUUGAAGUUUGGCGGUGAGGAAAGUGAUGAUGAUGGCGAUGAUUUGGGCUACGACGAGGACGCCUGCUCGACGGUUGUAUCUUGCGCGUUUUCCGACAAAGCGGAUCUUAUCAGCGGCAUUACCUUUUAUGCAGGCGCUGUUCGUGCUCCGCAGGUCGACUUCACGACCGGCAGUGUGGAAUGGGGUACUUGCUGCAGCGCCUGCCGUGAUAGUGGACGCCAUGGCCGUGGAAAGAUGGAAUGGGACGAAGAAGGUGCCGAGAAAUAUGCCAAUUACAUCAAGGAAUGUAGCGGUGCCAUGACGAUCCUUGCCGCAAUGGACUAUUGCCAGCAUGUGGCACGUAGUGCGGCAGUUGGUUAUGUCCCCAUGGUGUCUGAGGAGUAA